UUCAAUCUCUUUAACCAAAUCAUAUCACUCUCUCUCUCUCUCUCUCUCUCUGAACAGAUGACAGAAUCAGAGAUGACGAGGAAUGGGAAUGAGACCCACAGGCUUCUAAGAGGAGGAAAGUUUCCUUACUUGAGCACCCUCUCAUCUCGCGAAAUGGAAUCUCUCAACGCCAUCUGUGACGCCUUUUUGCCAUCUAUCGAUAUCUCCGGCAUCGGAAAGGACAACCGGCUAAAGACCUUUUAUGGAACUUCUGCGUCCAUGGCUGGUACUCCUGAAUUGUUGGGAGGGUUUAUGUCAGGACGAUUACAGCAUCCUGCAAUUGGUCUGCUUCGUGUAGCACUAUGGUUCUUGUCGACAUGGUAUGGAACAUUUGUGAUAUGUGGAUUGGCCAGCUUCUCCACCAAAUUCCCAUAUAUCCACAGCUUCCCUCAAUUGACGCAGGAGAGACAAGAAGAGAUACUUUUGUCAUGGUCUUUCAGUUCAUCUUUCCUCCACCGCAUGUUCUUCAAGUGUCUCAAAUAUCUCACUCUACGCCUUUUCUUCAGUCAGGUUGAUGAGAAUAACCAUAACGUAUCAUGGGAAGCUAUAGGCUACUGCGGACCAGACCCAGAUUUCAUCAACCACAAGUUAGAAGAAGCAUGCAAAAGACAGCAAGAGGAAGGACGACAAAUAGAAAAAGAGGAAGAAGAAGCAGAGCGUUUUGGACCCCUUUACAGAGCCCUCCUUGACAUGGAAAAACCAAACGCAGUUAUCAUCCAAACUCUCCAGAAAGCUGGAUUCCCCGUCUCCAUUCAUCACCCAAGAAACAUUCCAUCUUCUUCCUCCUCCUCUCCUUGCCUCUCCAUCAGCUGUGAUGCCGUUGUUGUGGGUUCGGGUUCAGGUGGCAGCGUAAUUGCUGGAGUUCUCGCCAAAGCUGGCUACAAAGUCGUGGUGUUGGAGAAGGGGAAUUACUUCGCCAGACAUAGCCUCUCUCUUCUGGAAGGCCCAUCCACAGAUCAUAUGUAUGAAGGAGGUGGAUUGAUUGCCACAGACGAUGUCGGUGCCCUCUUCCUUGCAGGUUCAACCGUCGGUGGUGGCUCCGCUAUAAAUUGGUCCGCUUCAAUCCCGACUCCUGCUCAUGUGACCGAAGAGUGGUCCAACAAGUAUGGCCUGGAAAUGUUCAGUAGCAAGGCCUAUAAACAGGCAUUGGAUGUAGUCUGCGAGCGAAUGGGCGUUCAAUCAGAAAUCAAUCAAGAAGGCCUCAACAAUGCAGUUUUAAGAAGAGGGUGCCUGGAAUUGGGGUAUCCUGUUAAUAACAUUCCCCGCAAUUCCCCCGCCGAUCAUUACUGUGGCUGGUGUCAUUUGGGUUGCAAGGACGGAAAGAAGAAGGGCACCCAAGAGACAUGGCUUGUCGAUUCUGUGGCUUCCGGUAAUGCCGUAAUUCUCCCCGGAUGCACGGCCUUGAAGGUCUUACAGGAGACGGACAAGGGAAGAAAUGUAGCAACUGGGGUUGUUUUCGAGUACAAAAAUGGGAAAGGAUCCAAGGAUGUUUAUGUUGUGGAGUCCAAGGUCACCAUUGUCGCCUGCGGUGCAUUAACAACACCAGUUUUACUAAAGAGAAGUGGGUUGAGGAACCCCAACAUUGGAAAACACCUCCACAUCCAUCCAACUGCAAUGGCAUGGGGCUACUUCCCUGUGAAGCCCUAUGGAUGGCCAGAAGAAGAGAAGAAGAGCUAUGAGGGUGGCAUAAUGACAGCAAUGUCAACCGUCGUCGCGAAUUUUGAUACGUCCGGCUAUGGUGCGGUUAUACAGACACCAUCGUUGCACCCUGGCAUGUUUUCUGUGGUUAUGCCAUGGAUGUCGGGCUUUGAUAUCAAAGAAAGGAUGAGCAAGUUCUCACGGACUGCUCAUCUGUUUGCAUUGGCAAGGGAUAAAGGCGAGGGCAAUGUGAAUUACCCGAAAUCAUUGAAAUAUCGAUUGGAUGCAGUGGAUGAAGAGAAUUUGAACAGGGGAUUGGAGAAGGCCUUGAGGAUAUUGGCAGCUGCAGGGGCUGAAGAGAUCGGGACGCAUCAUUGCAAAGGGUACCGGUUGAAUGUGAAACGUGCAAGCUCUGAAGAAUUCGAGAUGUUUGUAAAGGAGGCCAGUAGUAGAUCAUUGAGGGAUCUAUCGACACCGAUAAACUCAGCUCAUCAGAUGGGGAGCUGUAGGAUGGGGAUCAAUCCAAAGCAAUCAGCUGUAAAUCAGAGAGGGGAGACAUGGGAAGUUGAGGGGCUUUUUGUUGGGGAUACAAGUGUGUUUCCAACUGCUCUCGGAGUGAAUCCAAUGGUAACUGUUCAGGCCAUCUCUUACUGCACUGCCCAUUCAAUUAUCGAAUUCCUCCUCAAUGGAAGAAAAUCUCCAAAGAAACUGUAACUAAUGUUGGCCAUUAGUUAUUGUGAGUGUGUUUCCAGAUUCCAGUUAGUUCAGAGAGAAUAAUCUCAAUUAUAAACAAACAGAUGUAUGAAUGGGUUGAAAUGCAGAAGAGGAUGAUGGAUUUGGUUGUGUUGGAUCUAUGGUCAGAUACCUCACCUGCUCUUGGAUUCUGCUUAUCUAUACUACUAUUUUCAGCGAGUUAGGAGGUUGAAACAAUACAUUCAUUUCUACAAGUUUUUGUGUAUGUGUUGGAAGCGAUGAAACAGGAAA